ACAGAGGUUAACUGCACGCCACCAUUGGCCUGUGUUUGCAAGGAGAAGUGAGACAGUUCACCUCAUUUCCUGACACCGUCAAACCAAACCCUUUAGAAUUUCCUGUCAGUGUGAAAAACAACCGUUCAGCUGCUCAUUGAAUUAUUUGUGUUGAGUUCACAGUUUUUUAAAGUUCAAGAUGAAAGAGGACUACAUGGAGCAAUUUCUAAUUCUACUUGUGAUGUUGGCAGCUGUAUCUCACGUUGCUGAGACAAAAUUUAGUGUCACCCAGAACACGUCUCUGUACUCUCUUACCCCUGGAGGACAUGUGUCCAUCCAAAUAAUCAACAACGCAAGCGGCCAUCAGGUGGUGUGCAAGAAACAGCUUCCGACUAGGCCUGUGAAUGUGUUCACCCUGUGGAGAGGAAAGGUGACCAUAUAUGAAGGCUUUAGAAACCGGACCCAGUUCUUCAUUAACAACGGGACGUUAGAGUUCACAAACGUGGCGAAGAACGACUCAGGCCAAUACAUCAUGGAGGCUUUUGAUUCGAAUGGGGUACUCGUUGGAAGCUUAAAGUUUCAACUGGAUGUUCAAGAGCAAAAGUGGUCCUCCAUCCUGAUUCCGGCCUCUGUUGGGGCGGCUGCUGUGCUCCUGCUGUUACUGGUUGUGUUGGUUUGUUUCUGUGUGUGCAAGCGGAGGAAGACAUCAGAUGACAAUUGUUUACAAUCUAUUUUCAAAAACUCUACAUGUGUGGAAACCAAAUGUGAUGUCAGACAGAAGGAUGGAGCUCAGUGUUACGGAGCUUUGGGAGGAGCUGUGGACCUGCAGCUGAUGGAUCGUACACCAGAAAGAUUGACCAUUUAUAAGAACUACGCAAAGAUAUUAAUCUGGAGUUAUAAUACAAUUCGUGUGAAUAUAAAUCCAGACAAAUACUCCUUUACUCCUAGUGAUGGAAUGCUUAGGAUCGAUAACCUGAUAAGAUCCGACACAGAUGAAUAUAGACUUCAAAUACGUAGUUCAGAUGGAGCUCUUUUAGAGAAGUGGACUCUACAGUUGUCUAUCCAAGCUCCUGUGUCGUCUGUCCGACUGGUCACUGAGUGUCUGUCCCAGGGAGAGAUGAGGGUGUCCUGCUCCUCUGAGGGAGGGGACAGUCCUCAGUACAGCUGGAGUCUGGAUGGACACACACUGACAGAAGACAAGCUGCUCUCUGGAAAUCACGAGACUGACAACAUCACUCUGAGACAGUACGUCGAGGGAGUUCUGGUCUGCUCAGUCAAAAACCACGUCAGUCAUUUUGAGAAGUACCAGAGAAUAUCUACCUGUGUCUUCAUCAACUGCACUGCACCUAAUGAGACACUCAUAACACAGUGGGUGUUUGCAGCCAAUAACACACUGUGCGUUGAGCCGACCUCAGACACGACUGUGGGUAAGAAGACUGCUGUCAUAGUGUCACUUAAACCUUCCAUUAGUAUCACAUCCUCCAAUCAAACUGUGACCUCCUCCUUCAGAGAUGAGCCCUGGUUCAUUAAUCCCUCCCUCAUAUGUGGACUGCAAACAGCUGUGGCAGCUCUGUUGUUCAUUGGGAUCGCCGCCUAUUUUGCUUGGAGGAAAAAUAAAUCCAAGAGAGCUGAGGGCUCUGCCGUGCCACAAGAGAGGGAGGAUCCAGAGACCUCUGUUUAGAUGGUUGAAAAGAGAAGUUCUGCUCUUGAACCCAAAACUUCCUCAAAAUGACAUUUUGCUUCGCCUCGCUUGCUGUAAUGGCUCAAUUUCUUUGUGGGUGUAAAAAUAAUUUCUUAUCGUGUCGACAGCUGCUCUACACUUGUGUAUUUUCAGCGCGAGGAAGUAUCAGCAGCAGUGAUCACAGAACAAAGAACAUAUUUAUGGUAAAUGAACAAAGGCAUUUUUAAUGUUUUAAGGAUUUUCGUGUUUGAAAAUCUGUUCAUACUAAAUCAUAAAAUGUGUCACUAUUUGUAGAGGGCUUCAUAUUAGCUGUACAACUGAGAGUGAUGCCAUUUGAAAGUGACCGUUUUAUCAUUUUUACAUAUUAUUGCAUUAAUUAAAAACAUUGCAUAUCAA